ACGAGCCUCAAACCCUCGCGUCCAGCCUUCCGGAAGAGCAACGUCAACAUCUACCAGGGCCACAGGACAAAUACUGCAAAACCUGGAAAGAUGCCUUCCCUCCUCGUUGUUGUGUUUGUCCUCCAGCUCACCAUCCACCUGGUGAACACAGUCGGAGCCGCAACAAUUAACAACAUACUCUGGAACAUCUACAACCGCCUACCAACCCCAACCUCGAAAGCAGCAGCCGAGCAACGAGACCUAAAAAAGCAGUUCCUAAAAGUACGAACAGAGCUUAACGGCACCAGCAGCCAAGACAACUUCGCCAAAUGGGCGAAACUGAGAAGACAGCACGACAAACUUGUCGAGCAAGUCGAAGCAAAUAAGAAAUUACUUGACGGCACGAAAAGCACCUUCGACAGCGCCAUAUCUGCCCUCCGCUGGCUCGGUACAAACGGACUACGCAUGCUGAUACAGUUCUGGUUCCAGAAGCAGCCGAUGUUCUGGAUCCCCAAGGGCUGGGUACCGUACUACGCCGAAUGGCUGCUGUCGUUCCCCAGAGCGCCGGUGGGCAGUAUAUCCAUACAAGCGUGGGCAUUAGCAUGCAUGGCGAUUAUUCUACUUGUCAGCGACGCGCUGGGUGCAGCUUUAGGCUUGGCUAUAGGGACUGGGAAGGCUGCGCAGGAUGAGAAGAACGUUGGUGGGCAGCCAAUGAAGAUGCAGGGAGAAAAAGGCACGACGGGGUCACGGACAUCACCAAAAGCAAAGAAGGAGCUGUGA